CCUGUACAACCGACAACUUUAGUCAGAAGUGGAAGUUACAAUGUCGCCGACAGAAGAACAAGCCAAACAGAGGUGAAAGUGUUUGAUCUCUAGUGAUUGAAUGGCCCUGAUCGGCCGGUUUGGGCAUGCCUGUGGGGCAUUUUCCUCUGGAAAUGUAAAGCCUCUGAAUCCUCGGCUGAGGGCUAUAGCAGCUACAAGCUAUGCUCAGCCGGGGAUUGUCCGAUGUCCCCAGGGGACUCUACACUCCAAUCAGCUGACCUCAACUCAGCUGGCACGGCUGCAUGUUAGUCAGUUCAGCCACUCAUUGUCGGGUUCCCAGUCCUCUAGACUAGGUGUUGUGAGGCCCCGUUUGCUGCUGGCUAAGGAUGGCAGCAUCAAGCCGCAGACCUACAGGGAGAUGUCUACCCUUCUGAGAAUCGUGACGGGUUUCGGAAGAUUCCUGAAAAUCAGAUAUUUAGUGCUUUUCGGUGGUGCCGGUGGGGGCUACGCCGCCAGUCAGCAAAUGGAAAAGCUGAAAAGCUACAUCCCAGAAGUAGAAUGGUUGAAGGAAUAUCUGCCUGACAGUGAAACCUUUAAGGAUCUCAUUCCGGACUGGAGAAAUUGGACUGUUAGGGAACAUGCUGCCAACUCUGUGAACAGAUGGAAGGAACAGCUGGUGGAACUGAUGCCAGAGAAGGGCUGGCUGAAAAACAAGCUUCAGGAUUUACCCAGUGCUCGACCAGCCAUACAAUCCCUUCGUGACAAGAUACAAGCCAACUGGCCAUCGGACCUGUCUACUACUGUCAUUGAAGGAGGAUUUGGUACUUCGAAAGCUUUAACCACAAGUGUCCCUAAAGAAUCAGAUGCUGCCAAUGUUAAUAUCUCCAAUGCCAGGCUAGGCGCCAGCUCAAUGACGUUGGACCGACGUUCGUCUGGGGGAGAAGGGGAAUCACCUCUUCUGCCUGAGGUUGCUAGACAGAAGAUUCAAGAGGAAGUCAUGGAGAUACAGCUGAGGUACCAGAAGGAGAUAGAGAGACUAGAGAAGGACAACAGGGAGCUGAGGAAGCAACUGCUGCUGAAAGAACAGAGGUCAGGGGUCAAGACCAGGCACAUGAAGAGGUCACUUAUAGACAUGUACUCUGAGGUCCUUGAUGAGCUGAACCAGUUUGACUCCAGCUACAACACUCAAGACAACCUGCCUAGGGUUGUUGUGGUUGGGGACCAGAGCUCUGGGAAGACGUCCGUUCUGGAGAUGAUUGCACAAGCCAGGAUAUUUCCCAGGGGCUCAGGUCAGAUGAUGACGCGGUCCCCGGUGAAGGUGACUCUGUCGGAGGGCCCCUACCACGUGGCCCAGUUUCGAGACAGUGCCCGCGAGUUUGACCUGACUAAGGAGUCUGAUCUGGCUGCGUUGAGGAGAGAGGUGGAAUUACGCAUGAAGAGCAGCGUCCAGGCUGGUCAGACAGUUAGUAACAAGUGCAUCUCCAUGACUGUGAAGGGCCCUGGCCUCCAGCGGAUGGUGUUGGUGGAUUUGCCUGGAAUCAUUUCUACUGUCACCACGGAAAUGGCGUCCGACACCAAGGAGUGCAUUCGUCAGAUGUGCCGUCAGUACAUGGAGAACCCCAACUCGAUCAUUCUGUGUAUUCAGGAUGGCUCUCUGGAUGCGGAGCGAAGCAACGUAACUGAUCUGGUUAGCUCCAUGGAUCCAAAUGGAAAGCGGACGAUUUUCGUGCUCACCAAGGUGGACAUGGCAGAGUCUGCCCUCUAUGAUCCAGAGAGAAUCAAGAGUAUCUUGGAUGGUCGUCUGUUUCCCAUGAAAGCUCUCGGCUAUUUUGCUGUUGUCACAGGGAAAGGCAACAGCAAUGAUAGCAUUGGGGUUAUCAAGCAGUAUGAAGAAAACUUCUUCAGGAAUUCUCGGCUGUUCAAGGAUGGAGUGCUGAAACCCACACAGAUGACCACACAGAACCUGAGCAUGGCCGUGUCUGAGACCUUCUGGAAGAUGGUCAAGGAGACUGUGGAACAGCAAGCUGACGCUUUCAAAGCCACAAGAUUCAACUUGGAGACGGAGUGGAAGAACACCUACCCUAGACUGAGAGAACUGGAUAGGGAUGAGCUGUUUGAGAAGUGUAGAGGAGAAAUCUUAGAUGAAGUCAUCAAUCUGAGUCAAGUGACUACGAAGGAAUGGGAGGAGGCCUUCCACAAAAAGUUAUGGGAGAAAACUGCCUCCUUCAUUAUUGAAAACGUCUACUUGCCGGCCGCACAGUCCAAGGACAUUGGAACUUUCAACACAGCUGUGGACAUCAAGCUGAGACAGUGGGCGGACAAGCAACUUCCAAAGAAGUGUGUUGAGAUUGGCUGGGACACCCUCCACGAGCAGUUCUCCGCCCUCCUGGAGCAGUGCAAGAAGAGCAAAGAGUAUGAUGAGGUCUUCGACUCCCUGAAGGCGGCUGUCAUACAGAUGGCCAAGGACAAACACGCCUGGGAGACCAAGGCCGAGGACAGUCUGCGCGUGAUCCAGCUGAACACUUUGGAGGAUCGCUCUGUGAGUGACAAGGAGCACUGGGACAAGGCUGUCAAGUUUAUGGAGCAGACCAUGAGGGAGAAGCUGGAGCAAGCUGAGCGGGAGCUGGACACAUUGACAGGUCCGGGCCUGGUCAAACAGUGGACCAACUGGGCCAGGCGCUCGGAGGAUCAUGUCCGCUGUGUGGCUGUGAAGACAGAGCUGGAGAAAAUGCUCUCUGCCGAGCCGGAUCACAAAGCCCACCUGGCAGCUGAUGAACUCACGACGGUCAGGAGGAACUUACUCAACCAGAACGUGGAUGUGGAUGGGGAGAUGAUCCGAGAGACGUGGUACAACGUGUACCGUAGACACUUCUACAAGCGAGCGGUGCAGCAGGCGUCGGACUGCCGCAAGGGCUUCUACUACUACCAGAAAGGCUUUCAGGAACAAGGGUUGAACUGCAAUGCAGUGGUGUUGUUCUGGAGACUGCAGAGGAUGUUGGAUGUGACAAGCAACGCGCUACGACAACAGGUGGUCAACAAUGAGGCUCGCAGACUGGAGCGGAUCAUCAAGGAGGUUCUAGAUGAGAUUGGGGAGGACAAGAAGUUGUUGGAGCAGCUGCUUACUGGCAGACGUGUGCUUCUGGCUGAAGAACUCAAAAAAGUGCGUCAGGUUCAAGACAAGCUGGAAGAGUUUAUCCGAGCUCUCAACCAGGAGAAGUGAUCCAUGGAGACAGUUCUAGAAUUUUCUUCUGUGUAACAAAUGUUAACUCUGUUUGGCUGUGUAUGCGUGUGUGCAUGUAUGGGUGUGUCUGUGUUGGGGGACGGGGGUGUCUGACUGUUAUCACUGAUAAAACAUUGCUAGCGUUUUUGAAUUAACAUUGACUUAAAGGCGAAAAACAUGUUUAGAGAUAUUGCUGCUUCUAUUUUUGAUGCACAUAUUUAUAGUGUUAUGGUUGUCAAAGUUAACGAAAAGUAGAAAAAUAUAAGUCAUGGCUCUUAGUAGCCUUAGAUUCAGGAGAGGGCAGGUAGUUUUGUUCCCCUUCCCUUGGGAGAAUCAGUUGUGAGUUACUUUUGGUGUUGGAAAAAAAGAAGUGGUAUAUAAGUUAAUAAACAGAGAAUGAUAGUGGCUAGUGCCUCACUUUUCCCGUAGAAUUAAUAUUCUUAGGUGUGCAUGUGUGUGUGUGUAUAGGCUUGAUGUUACGCUUGAUUUGAAGUACUUUGCCAAAUAAAACUCACUCUGGGUGUUGGGUGAAUUUCAUUAUUUCGUAUUCUCUCACUUGCCAAGCUGUGUGAGAUAUUCUUAAGGAAUAUGUUCCAAUAGUCCCUUUUGCUGUUUAAACAGGGAUAUCUUUUUUUUUACGUAUGUUUUGUCAACUUGAAAUUUGAAAAGAUAUAUCGUGCCUGUGCUUUGUGGAGACUUCUUUCACCCAGCUGUGCUGAUUCUGUGGAUAGUUUUCAGUUUUGAGUGUUUUGACGUCUUGAAUGUUUAGCUGUUUUCUGAUAAUUGUGAUAGAUGCCUGGCAGUGUAUUUUACAUUGUUGCGUUGAACUUAUAGGGUGGACGGAAGAAAUUACGAAUGAGUGCGCUUUUGAUGUUUCCAAUAACUGUUUCUUUUUCUUUUUUUAACUUUUGUCUUUCCAAUGAGGGCUUCUUGCCCACUCUUCUGCUUUUCUGUCUUCUCUGAAGGGAUAAGCAGACUUUCCAAAUGUGUUUAUAAUCAGGCUGCAUUUGGCCCCCGCCAAGCCCCUCUUCCUCCCCCCAUUUUUGUUUUUGACCUUUUUAAUGUCUUCUGGCCCUGCCCAGUGAGUGAUAAGAGGGCACCAUAUAUAGGUCCUACUUCUUUUCAUUCCCUCUGUUGUUCCAGCCUUUCUUUUUCUUUUAACCUUGCACAGAAUGGCCGCUAACUGUGUCAAUGGCAAUGUGCUUCUCUUCACUGAGAAUGGCAAUACCUCUAUUCUUCGUCUGUGCUUGUAUGCGAAAUCCUCUUCAAAGUGCAAGGUUGGGACCUGUUUUUGUGGAGGGUUAUACUGACAUGUACAAUUCUGGGCUCUUUUACAAGGUAAAAAAGCCUCCUUUCUAAUUCAACUUCCACAGGUUCGUCGUGAAAAAGUAGUUGGUAGCUAGGCACAGUGAUGUAGUGUGCUUCUGCUAAUUCUUUUAUUGUUUCCCAGUGUUACUAUUGUCUUAAUUUGUUUUUGAUGAAGUGUGGUCAUUCUAGUAUUAGCUCUCUUUAUUCCACUCAACCCUCUGGAAUGAUGAUUCUGCCCUCUGGAAAUAUAUGUGCCAUUCUUUGUUUUCAUUAGUCUUUUUUUUCUUUUCUCCUGAAAUAUCUAUCUUUGUAAGAUGACUUUGUGCAUGUUUUGUUUUGUUUUGUUAUUUUUUUUUUUUUUUAGUAUAUGAAGAGAAUGCGAGGGUAUGUAUGUCCAGAGCUGUUGGGUGCCUGAACACUAAGACAUGGUACAAGUAUGAGCUACUAACAUUGACUUGGGACUUUGAUAUGGAACCUCUUCUUCCUUGACUUUUUCGCACUGCUCUCUCAUCUUGACCCAAUUUUGUUACCUAAGAUUUUAAUGUUUUCGAUUGACAAUAAGCUUGAAGUUAUUUUAUUGACUCUGGGAACUGAACCCUAAAAGGGGCAGUUGUGUCCAUGUUUGUGAGAUGAGAACUAACAAUAAGAUGUCCCUUUUCACCUCUCUAAAUUGAGCAACCAGGUGUUUAGAAGACUUUUCUCUCAUGACUGAAGGAUUUUCAUCAGAUCUCAUCAAUAUCGAUGAGGAAGUAUUGUUCUGAUUACGAUAAUGUAAAGACAAGGGGAAAUAUUUGUAUCACCAGCAUCCUCAGGUGUCUUUUUAUUAGCAGAUUAUGCCAUUUUCAUCUCAGAUGUUGUAGACUUUUUUUUUUAAACCUUUUGUUAUCAAGAGUUGUGGGACUUUAGUGUGUUGUCUCAUGAGAGGUUUGUUUGAUAUACGCCCCUAUCUUUUGACAUACUGCUACUACUGGCUGUUUCAUUUAUUUAUGCAUUUGUGCAAAUUUCUGAAUGUAGACUGACCGGAGAAAUUAAAUGAGUUUUCUCAUAUGGUA